AGUUUCUUUUCAGAAGUUUUGUAAGAGCUGUUUACCAUGAUGCAGAUGAGUGUUGUGCAUGGUGUACAAACUUAAGAACAAAGAAGCACUGGAGUAAACUUCUGGCCCAUGUUAGUCAGAUUUUUUGGGGAUGAGAGAUCAUGGUUUUCAUCAGUGCCUUGGGCUCCAGUGGCCAGGGCUUCACACACCAUUGAUACUUGCUGAUGCUGCCUUCAUGUGCUUGCCACCCACAAAAACGGAUGUACUCUCUCGUCAGGAACCUCAGCCCGCCCCUGGAGCUAUGACCCACUUGUUUGUGCAGCAAGAUGGAGAAUAUCCAGCUAAAGAACUUUAUAAAGAGUUGCUGUAUGAUAGUAAGGGAGAAGGAAGGAUUUAUAACCUAUGAGAUAAAAACUAAAGAUGUUCACAGAGAUGAAGACCAUAAGAUACAAGUGAUGACCAUUGGACCUGAGAAUGAGGAGCCCAUCAAGUCAGUUCUCCUGCUGGGGCAGACAGGUGCUGGGAAGACUUGUGUCAUCAAUGCCAUGAUCAAUUUUCUUUUUGGUGUAGACUUUGAUGAUAAUUUUAGGUUUCAGUUGAAAGAUCAAGUUUACAGAGAUAACCUCCUUCAGGUAGAGAGUCAGACAGAAUAUAUUACUGCCUAUAUUGUUUACCAUCAAGCAGGAAUGGCUCAAGAGUGUAAUUAUAUGUUGAUCGAUACACCUGGCUUUGGCAACACGAGAGAAAAUGAAGAGAAAGUUCUGAUGGAGAGAGUGGCCCAUUUCCUGAAAAAUGACUAUGGUAUAAAUGAUCUUAACUGUAUUGCUCUAGUAACUAAGGCAAAUGAAAACAGGAUAUCAGUAAACCUGUUAAAUAUACUAGAAGAUUUUACCUCUGUUUUUGAGAGCAAUAUUGGUGAUAUAACACAACUUCUGGCAACAUUUGCUUCAGAUGAUACCUCAGUAAUUGAAGAUAUAAUGAAUCAUGCCAAAGUACAGUUUGUCAAUUUGUACCAACUUGACAACUAUCCUCUGUAUGCCUCACAUUGUGAUAAUGCCUCUCAAAGAGAUAGACAUGUGUAUCUUCAGUGUAGAUGGGAUCGGAUGCAAGCUGAGUAUUCCAGAUUUUUUAACGAGUUGCAGAUUUCUACUCCAGUAAGCCUAAAAAAUAUGAGAGAUCUUAGGCAGGAGGAAAAACUCCUUGAAGAAACAAAAACUACACUGAUGCUUGUUGUGAAACACACUGCCGACCUUAUCACCACAAUUAAUUUUCAGAAAAAGGCAUUGAAUAAAGUUGCAGAGGAUACAAAUGAAAUCACAUGUACAAAUAUUGAAGUUAAUCGGAUAGUAGAAAAAUCUUCUUUAAUUGAGGGAUUUCAUGCUCAUAAUUGUGAGAUAUGUUUGAAAACCUGCAUAAAUUUUUGUGAGGACUCGUCCAAUCGUACUGCUGCAUUGGCCGGAACUGGUACUGGUGUUGGUACUGCAGCAUUUACAGGUGUUGGCAGUGCAGUAGGUGCUGGAGCAUUGAUGGGAGCAGAGGUGGGUGUUUUUGGCGGCCCAGUAGGUGUUGCAAUUGGUGGAGGAAUUGGAACUGUCAUUGGGUUAACUGCUGGGCUUACUGUUGGACUUAUGAAAAGAAAAACGAGUACAAGAUGUCCCAUUGGUUUUAGUGGAAUCUGCAGUAACAGUGGGUGCUCUCAUGAUAUGGCACUCCAUAAGAUUGAGAAAGAAAAAUAUGUAAUUUGUGAAUUACCCAAGGAAAAAUUUGACCAUCGUGAAAAACUUAAAUAUGAUGACCUAAUGGACCAAAUGAAGGAGCUGGAAACAAAGAUUGAGAUGAAUACAAAAAAAUUACACGACCUUGAGAAGGAGCUAACCACCCAAGUCAUAGCUUUAGUGAAACACACACACAAAAUUAAUGAACUUGGUAUGAGACAAGAAGCCUUGUGCCCUAAGUCUCUCAUAGAUGAAAUUAUCCUUGAUGAGAGAAAGAAUUCUCAGUAUGUUGAACUAUUACAGAUGUUGAAGAGGGCAGUGAUGUUGAUGUUGGACCCCCAAGGGCAUGACUAGUAAUUCUGAAGGUGCUGAAGCUGAGAAUGUAGAUUAAAAGUAAAUAUAUCAUGGCUGAAAAAAUCACAAUUAACCCACAAAUUGGACAUAAAAAAUGUGUGGAAGUUUAUAUCCAUCCUGAAUCAUUAUUAAUUCUUCAAGGGGAGGAGUCCUAAUCCAAGGAAUUUGAGUUACCAUCCCCCUUCCUUGGAUCAAACUUAAUUACCUCCAAUUUUCCAAAUGCUGAAUGACUCCUAAGGGCUCACUGUUUCCCAUUAUUUUAAUAAUGAAUCAUCAGGCAAGAGGGGGAUUAUUUCCUAGUGAAAAUGAACCUUAGACAAGGAUGCAUAAUGUCAAUAUGAUUAAAAUAUUUAUAGUUUGGGUUGUAAAGAAAUAAAUGCUAAGGUUUUGGGAAGAGAUGUAGGAUUAAAAGAUAAUACAAAGUGGGAGUUGUCACAGUUGUUCUUUGCAAAUGAAAUGGUUCUUUUAUAAUUCCAGAGAAGGGUUGCAAAGGUUGGUGGAUGAAUUUGGGAGAGUAUAUCAAAGGACAUUAAAAGUGAACAAAGGAAAGAGCAAGGUAAUUAGAGUAACAAAAAAUCUAGGCAAUGAAAGAUUGGAUAUCAAAUUGGAGAAGUGAGUACGUAUGGAAGAAGUAAAUGUAUUCAGAUAUUUGGGAGAGGAUUUGUUGGCAGAUGGGUCUAUAAAAGACAGGGUGAAUCAUAGACUAGAUAAGGAGGGUGGAACGAAAUAAAGUAGGUGGAGUGUUGAUACAUCUGUGGAGAACUUUAUCAAUGGAGGAAGGGGAAUGUACCAGAGUAUAGUAGUAACAACACUGUUACUUAGGGGGGGAGGCAUAGGCUUUGAAUGUUGCAGAAAGGAAGAAACAGAAGGCAGAGAUGUAAUGUUUGAGGCCAAUAUAUGAUGUGACUAUGAUGCAGAGAAUUGUGAUGUUACCAAAAGUAUAAAUCAAAGGGUUGGGGAGGGGUUGCCUCUCAAGGGAUGUUCCUUGAUGCCAGUGAGGGGAUCUUGAUCUAAAGCAAUAGACCUGUGUUCCCCUUCCUUCGGUUGAACCUGAAUGCCUCCCAUUAUUCCAGAUGCUGAAUGACCUCGAUAGGUUUAGUGGUCCCCCAUGAAGGUAAUAAUGAUAAUGAGGAGGGGUUGUUGAUGUGGUUUGGGCAUUUAGGGAGGAUGGAGCAGAAUAGACGACUAAGAGUGUGUAUAAAUCAGGGGGUAAAGGAGUUUUUGAGUGCUAGGUACUUGAGCAUCCAGCAGACUUGUGUGAGCAUGUCACAUCAGAGGAGAGGAGACAAGUGGUUUUUAUGGCUUGAUGUGCUGUUGGAGUAUGGGUAAGGUAACAUUCGUGAAAAAAUUCAGGAAAACAAAUCAGCCAAAUGUAAGUCCUGGAGGUGGAAAGUACAGUGCCUGCACACUGAGGGAGGAGUGGGGAUGUCACAGUUUGAAGGACCAUUUAAACUGUGAUGUCUUCACACUUCUGGCAAAACAGCUACCUGUGUAUUUAAAAAGUCAUUAUCUAGUCUCAACCCUUCAAGAUGGGGAAGGGGUGCCAUGUUCCUGGUAAAGUUCUCUUGGUUCAAGGCAUUGGUGGUACCCUCUUAUUUCUUUAAUCCAGCCUAAUUACUGUACGACUCCCAUUUCUUAGGUGCUGUAAUAUUUUUGUGUGUUUAGCACUUCUCUAUGAUUAUGCUAACAGUGACAUUUUAUGUGAAAAUAUUCCAGGACAGACUGAAAUGUCUCUCCAAUUUGAUGGUUAGCUGUAUAUUGCAGCUGGAAAUGUUGAUGUCUGCAUGUGAUGGAGGUAGAGUGAUGUCUGAGUGUGAUGAAGCUGGAAGGUUAAUAUCGGUGUGUGAUGAAAGCUGUUAUACUGUACUGUACUAUUGGUAGCAUCUUGGAAACACAUUAUUGUAAGAGACAAGCUAGGUAUUAGUUUGAUCAAAAAUGCUGUAUGACCUUAUUGAUUUAGUGCUUCCCUGUUAAUAACAUAUAAUUUCAUUUUUAAAUUUUUAAACAGGCUACAGCAUGGCAUAAAAUAACCAUUAUAAUUUUUA